AUGGCUUCUUUACCCAUACUGAUGAAAUCCGCCUUGUUCAACUUCUCCAAGGUUUCUUCUUCUUCCGGUCCUAAUAUGGUACUCCUCAACCGCAAAGUUUUGCUUGUUAAUCAGGGGGCUAGACGUGAAUCGGAUACAAGCAGCAGCAGCAGCAGUAGCGACGAUGAUGUGGAAGAUAUUGUGCAGAAAGCGAAAGAGAGUGGCAGCGAUAUGAAAGAUUGGGCUAAAGAGAAAACAGAGGAAGGGAAAUAUAAGGCCAAGAGUGCAGCAGAGGCGGCCUCUGAACGUACCAAAGAGGGCGUCGGGAAGGCAAGUGACAAGGCCGAGGAUGCGAAGGAGAAGGCUAAGAGUGCAAUGGAAAAUGCGGCCCAGCAGACGAAAGAAACUGCGAAUAAGGCUUCGGAGAAGGCAGGGGAAGUGAAGAACAAGGCUGGGGAGAAGGUAGAGGAUGUGAAGGAGAAGGCAGGGGAUGUGAAGGACAAGGCAGGGGAGAAGGUAGAGGAUAUGAAGGAGAAGGCGGGGGAGAUUGUGGAGAAGGCUAAGCAGACUGUGCAAGGGGCGUGGGAGGCGACGAAAGAGACAGGUAACAAGAUUAAGGAGACGGUUAUUGGGAAAGCAGAGGAGGAUAAAAAUGUGGAUGAGCUAAUUGAGGAUCAUAUGGGCGGGGCUGGUAAGGUUUAUAAGGAUGAAGACGUGGUGGUGGAGAAGAGGAGGAAAGAAGGAAGAGGAGACAAUGUUUGA